UGAAUAAAAAACGCAAAUGUUUGACGCUCCUUCUUUAGCCCGUCACAGAGUGCGCGUAGAAGCCGUGGAGAAGUACUGAGCUGCGGGCGCACGGAAAGGACCGAGAAGAGAAGAGAAAAACCGAAGAGGAGCUUCAGUGACGGACCAGAACCAGCACAGAGGAAGGGAGACACUGAGACAGAGGGACUGAGAUAGACUUUCUGUCUCACUCUCCCAGUUUUGGGUCUUCAGCGGAUCGCGCAAAGCGUCUCGCAACUGCAGGACAAUGACUAGUAAAAUGACUUUAGCCUUACUCAUCUAUGGAAUCAUAAUGCAUUACAACGUCAACUGUUCACCUGUGGGGCUUAGCUUUCCCAACAUUAGAAUUGACAGUGAGGUUUAUGAUGAGGAUGGAAAUUCCUUACCGCCCAUGGAAUAUGACAGAGACCAAAUGGAUGUGAGGAGCGCGCCUUCAGACGACGUGUACACUUUGUAUUACCCACCAGAGGAGAGAAUGGAAAGGCAUGCAGACGGCAUGUUUAAUAAAGCCUACAGGAAAGCGCUGGGUCAGUUAUCAGCAAGGAAAUAUCUGCAUUCUCUGAUGGCAAAACGUGUAGGCGGGGGGAAAACGUUGGACGACAGCUCUGAGCCUCUGUCCAAGCGACACUCAGACGGGAUCUUCACAGACAGUUACAGCCGCUACCGAAAGCAAAUGGCCGUCAAGAAAUACCUGGCAGCGGUCCUUGGGAAAAGCCUUGAAGACAUAGGUUUUCACCAAAUCCUACAAGACAUAGACUUUGAUGGCCUCCCGGACGGGGAUGAGCUUGAGGCUUUUUUGGGAGACUGGCUGAAACAGUUUUCUCCCGUGUUUCCGGCUUUGUGACGCAGGAAGCAGUUUGCGGCUGUGGUGCCUUGCAUCGACUUUUAAAUCGCCAUGAAUCACAGAUGGCUAUUUAGUGGCCCUACAAUGCUGCACAUCAUCAGCUUACAUUUCACUUUUUUUUUGGUUGUUGUUCUGUUGUUUUUAUGUUGCUCAGACAUUUAGCAGAAACUCUAGCGCCAUCAAGCUUAGAUGUCAAGCAUUUUUGCUUGCAUGCUUUCUUUUGCACUUUGUUUUAGAGCACUAGAUUAGAUUUAUGUGAAAACAGAGGAAAGGAUCAGAUCCCCACUCUCCAUCAGACAUUACAUGUGUGAUAUAAAAGCGCCAAUAGCCUUACAAAAUUGAAAUAAUCCAUAAAGAUAUAUAGAUAUAUAUAUAGUUACUGUGUAGAAAGUACUAGAUUAUACUUCAAAUGCAAUCUGCAAGGGUAAAGUAAAUAAAUGUUUUAAAAAAGUGUUGUAAGAUUUGUAUGAAUAAAUUUUUGUAAACAACAAAUAUUUCGUCU